CCUUAUCCCUUGUUUUUCUAGGAAUCAGCCACAAAACAACCUUUCUAGAAGGCCUUAUCCCUUGUCCUACAAAUCUGGCACCUGGACCCUUUCUAGAAGCCCUAGAACCUGCAAUCCUUUUCCCUUAGGAUUGUGCAAUCCUUUUCCCUUCAGAUUUGGGUGAACCCUAGUCCUUUUCCUUCAUGAAUUGUGCCAAAUACACACUCAUUUCCUUCAGAAAUUCGUGGGUUUCCCUAGCCCUAUAAAUACAAACCUUUGUGUAGCAAUUAAUCCACCACCCUCUACCACAAUUCACUACAUCAUUCACCAUACAUCUCUUUUGUGCCGUGAGUAUUGCAAGGAGAAAGAAGAGGAGCCUUUGUGCCGUGCCUAUGCCCAAGUCUUUGGGAGUGCUGGAGCGUUCUUAGGUACUAGUUUAUGACUCAUAGUUCUCAACACAUUAGUGCAAACAUCUUGGAGUUCGACGACGAUUUUGAAAGAACUUUGAGAAGAAAAAGGAAGCAACCAGAACCUAAUCCACAAAGUUCUAGCUCAGAGGCCGAAUCUAAGUUUGAAGAGCAAGAAGAAGAGGAAGUCAUGGCAGCAGAUAAUCGUACAAUAAAAGAACUUUCAGCCUCGAGGUUGGACGAUGCCGUACCCCUUAGCAUUCAAUAUCCUGUGGCUGCCCAAGGAAAGACCGAUGAGUUCGAAUUGAAGUCAAGCUUGCUGCACCAUAUUCCUAAGUACCAUGGGCUAUCCAUGGAAGAUCCAAACAAGCACUUGAAAGAGUUUGAAGUGGUGUGCUCAAGCAUGACGCCCAUCAAUGUUGAUGGGAGUAUUCUGAAGAUGAAGGCCUUUCCAUUCUCUCUAAUGGAUAGGGCUAAAGAUUGGCUAUACAAACUAGCACCCGGAACGAUCACAUCUUGGGAGAGUAUGAAAAGAGCGUUCUUGGAGAAAUUCUUCCCAACUUCAAGGGUUAUUCUUUUGAGGAAGAAAAUCAGUGGUAUUCAACAAAACCAAAACGAAUCAUUCCCAACAUAUUAUGAGCGUUUUAAAGGUCUAGUUGCAUCUUGCCCUCAACAUCAAAUGAAGGAGGAGCUGUUACUUCAAUAUUUCUACCAGGGACUCCUCCCAAUUGAAAGACAAAUGCUUGAUUCCUCAGCGGGAGGUGCUUUGGUGGAUAAAACACCGAUAGCUGCCAAGGUUCUAAUUGCCAACCGAGCGUUGAAUGCACAACAAUAUGAAGGUGUUGGGCAAAGAAACACCUCAUGGCAACAAUUGAAUGAGGUAAAUUCCGUUUCUGAUUUGCAAUCUCAAAUAACUAACCUUACUUCUAUGUUUGCACGGUUUAUGGAAGGAUGCAAAGUGCAAGGAAAUACACCAAGUGUGUGUGGCGUAUGUUCUAUGCAAGGGCACCUCAAUGAUCAAUGUCCACAAUUAAUUGAGAAUGGAGGAUGGGAAAGUGUACAUGCCGUGGGAUAUCAAGGACCAAAUCAGCCACGAAGUGAUCCAUACUCUAAUGCUUACAAUCUGCGGUGGAGAGAUCAUCCAAAUUUUAAAUGGAGAAGCCACAACAACAUGCCCAACAAGGGGGAUUUCGGCAAACACCACCUGGGGUGUUUCAAAUGCUGUAUGUAUCACCACAAGUCCCACCACAAUCUGCCCAACAAAAUUCAGGUCGGUAUUAGAUCAAUUAACAAUGAAGGGUGUGAACAAGGAAAACGAUUUGGUGUUGAGCAAUAUGAAAUGCGAACCUUUUCAAGAGAUCACCACUUUUUGGAAAAUCUGAAAUUAGGAGAAGGUGUGAAGGGCGUGUAUAUCUCGAUAGAUGUAGAUUGCCUGGAUCCGGCGUUUGCUCCCGGAGUGUCACACAUUGAGCCAGGUGGUCUCUCCUUCCAUGACGUACUCAACAUACUCCAUAACCUGCAAGGUGAUGUUGUUGCUGCAGAUGUUGUUGAAUUCAACCCACAGCGUGAUACUGUUGAUGGGAUGACUGCAAUGGUUGCCGCGAAACUGGUGAGAGAAUUGACUGCGAAGAUUUCGAAAUGAUACAUAUGUUUUUGGAACAGUAAGCCUGAAGACCAAAAGCUUUCAGCAUAACACGGAUUUUUGCCGUUUCAUUAGAGCUUAACUGAAAAUAUAAAACAUACAUCUGCAGUAUUUAGAUGAUGACUAUUUAUUUUCAGCAAUAAUAUUUCGGGGGGACAUCGUUGUGCUUAAUCCAAUUCAAAUCUGAUAUUAGCAAACA